AUGUGGGUAGAGUUUGCCAAAGAGAUACUGCGUUCGCUCGACGUCGUCGUCGCUCCGGAUGUUACGAUGAGUAACUUCUCUUGAGGGCGCUUGAUUAGUACACCCAACUUUUAAACUCGUAAAAUAGCAACUCAAAUUGUUGAUGUCAGUAUGAAAAAGUUGACCCCCAUUAAACUCGAAAAAUAUAAAUUGUUGCCAGCAUCAAAAAGCUGGCCCCCAUUAAGUCGAAGCUCGCCGAUGCUAUUUUGGUUCUUUAUCCUUCCUCCGUGGCAGCUUUCACUACACCAAUUUUGAUAUACGCGUUAUUCUUGACCACAUUUACCUUACGUUAUAUUGACCUUGAAGUUCUUGAAUCUGUUCCGUCUUGCCGGUAGUUUAGAAGGGCUACUCACGUUAUUUUUGACCACAUGCACAUUACAGCGUUAUAUAAUUACUUAUAUAUCAUCGACCCACCUCCCACAAUGAUUUAUAUUACUCCCACAUCGUUUUCGUUGUGUUAUCAAUAUAUGAUUAACGACGCUCUUUCUAAUAUCCAUGUAGAAAGCAUCUUUCGGGAGUUGCUGAUAAAAAACAUUGUGGAACAGAGUUCGGCAGGAGACGUUGAGAAGAGCAAUUCGACGAAACAGAUGACGGGGUUUCUCCCAUUCGACGACUGCUAUCGGAUCCUCAAAGGCGUCGGGAAGAUUAUGAGUCUGACUUGCUCCAAAUUGGCUCCAACAUGACUUCUUGCGCUUUCGGAAAAAAUGAUAAAAAUGCAGAUGGUCUAUCUCUAUAGAUCGUUUCUGAGCAGUUGUAUUCCUAUUCCAGAAGUAGAAUACACAAUCGAUAUCGAUUUCUUGUUGGAUAUCAUUCAAGAUUGGUGGUUCUUGCUUCGCCCCCUAAGAAAGGUAACUACAUGUCGUGCACCAACUUAUCGAAGGUAUUGCUCUUUCAAUCGGUAAAUGGACCUUGUCGAAGGCAUCUUCCUUUCAACUAGAGCAGGAGAGAAAAGUUGUGUACCCUGUCAACUAGAAGAAACAGAAAGGAAAGGUGUCGCAAGAUACGUGGCUUCAAACUACACUCUGAUUACAGCUACAUUCUGAUGGAACGUUCUAAGAAGACAUCGGGAAUGGAUUUCCGCUACUUCCGGCGCACCAUACAGGCCUUAGGUAUGGCUCUAUUAAAAAUCGUUGAUGUAGUCGUGCAUGUGGUAUAACUUCCUGCUUCCUCUUCCUUGCUCUUCAGUCUCAGAGUCUAGCUCGAUUAGUACUAGUCCUUGUACUUCCACUUCUUCAGACUCUAGCACUUCUUGCUUCACCUUCUAGAAGAUGUAGUGCUCCAGAAUGAUGAGGUCACCAUGAUUUUGUUGUUAGUUCCGCUAAUCCGAGCCUGAACUUUUCCUACGCGGACUUGUAUGACACUUACGUUCAAGCGGAAAAGGAAGAACGCCUCCGCCUUGAACAGUUCCAGUUAAGGCUUGUCAGCAUAGUACUUCAUUCAUCUUUAGCGACAGGAUAAGGAUACUGUUUAACUUGCCUCAGUCAGAAUGAUGAGGGAAUCCUUCUUGAAUAUCUCAGAAGAUUCUUGCUUCUACUAUGGUGCUAUUGCUUCUGGGGUAGAAGAGAACAUUUUUGCUGAGAAUACAAAUACAAAAACUCUGCUGGCUCCUGUAGUACAAUGAAUGGAUGAAUCAAUGAGAGUCCUCUAAUCCAGUUGGCAGCGUUGAUCUUGGUGAAAGAGCGACUUCAGCGGCAGUUCAUGCGCGAGCUUGGUUUGGAAUCGGAUCAGAUUUUCUUAACGAUGCUCGGCUACAGUGCUCUCUUCAUACUGAUAUUCCUCUUCUUUUAUGGCGCACAAAGAAAAAGAAACCGGUUAGUUUUCCCCCAUACCCUAGAUUUAUCCCAACAAACACAAUCUAUCGCAUCAAUCAUAGUUGAUUACUCUCGUGUGAGCUGUGAAGCUGAGGGUGAGUGUGUAGUUGCCUGUAUCUGUAUGAGAGACCACUGUUAGUGGGUAUCUUUCAGGCUCAACAAUGUUAGUAGGUAUCUUGCUCUAAACGAUUGUUUGGCUCCAUGUCGUCAUCCUCCCUACGAGUUUCUUUUUCUUCUAGAUAGACGGUCGGUGAAUAAUUAACAUCAAAAACCACAAAGUAGAUUUCUAAUUUUCGCUGCUCGUGUUGCAGAGUUUCGGUCCGGGUCAUAGUUUGAUCACGACUUCGGUCCAGGUCUUUUUCGCAGCUUUCGUUACCUUCAGUGUGGACCGGCUCAGCAGCGAGGGAAUCAACUUGCCGACUUAUCUAUUAAGGCAACUGUUACGACUUAUCUAUUUCUAUUAGGGUCGUGAUAUCAAGAACAUCGAUUGCUUAGCGCGCGGUCAUCUGGCUAUAAUCAUACUACUGGCAACAAGGCUAUGCCUUGUCCUUAAUCAGUCAAAAACCUAGUUUCUUUGCAACUAUUAAGGCCACUGCUACGAUUCCGUCUACGACCCUAAGGAAAAACUCCUUUACGCUUUCGCCUACAAGGACUGCUAGCUACAGCUAUUUCUUUGUGCCUCUUGUUUUAUUUCUCUCCAUAGAUUUGCGCUUGGUUUGAUUUACUUUCCAUAGGGUCUAGUAUCAGAGAUACUCUUAAAUACAAAUCUCCAUGCGCAUGCUCAUCUGAGGCAUGAGAGUAUUGUGAACAAAUCAACUGCAGUUGAUCUUGUCAGUCAGCAACUGUCUACCCUCCGUAGGCAUAGUGGCUAGUACUGGAGAUGCACUUAUACAACUCUCCGUGGGGAGAUCUAAUGUAAGGCAAAUUGAAGGCAGUAGUGAAGAAAUCCGUCAGGGUUAUGCACUAGCUCAUCUGCUGCUGGAGGAGAUAAGAGCAUUGGGCUAGUACGACAAGCUGCUGUGCGUGUACGUCAAGAAGACACCACAUGGGAUGCAGAUGCCAGUAAGUGCUGUUCUUGUACGAGGCGAAAAAUUAAAACGGGACGAAGAUGGUAGUAGGCGCUGCCGUGCGCGUACGUCAAGAAGAAAGAUGGGAUGAAGAUGCCAGUAGGCGCUGUUGUACGAGAGGAAGACAAGAGAAGACUUCUACAAAGAUGUGCAUAGUGCUAUUGUUUUGAAGAGGAAGACCACAAAUGAGACCACUCAACAGGGUUCAGUUGUGCAAAAACUUACUUUUUAUGUUGCUAUGUAUUCAUCAUCGUGAAUGAGUUGAACAUCAAAAUUUGUAUCACUCGGCAAAAAAGCGAAAUCAUCACUCGCUUGCUCCCUAAAGUAAUAAAUUUCGCGACAGCUUCUAUUGAGCUACAUGAUGAAGUGUAAUGAUAGAUAAUGAUCACAAAUGUUAAUACAACGUCUCUCUUAUGUUGACGCGUAUCUUCAUCUACUUGCCGUAUAUCCACUUCAAUGGGGAAACGAAGAUAAAGACGGAUCAUCCUCCGUGUCAUUCUAGCUACUAAGCAAGAAGUUGCUGAGAAGAUGUUGCUCCGUCUAUAUCACCAAAGACCAAAGUUGUACUACUUGUAUAUUAACCUGCUUGGCAAAAGGUGUGGCUACAACUUCGCAUAUCAUAUCGCCAAAGUUGUAGGUAGUCUAUCAGCAAAGAGUAACAGGAGUUGUUUGAGGAUUAUGCAGCUGAGUUGUCUCUGAUAAAAACCAUCAAAAGAGACUGAAUCAAAAUUAACGAGUUCUCACUUUUUUUGGAAGUUGUCUUUCUUUCGUAUUAAUUUACAUCUCUAGAAGAAUGGAAGCGAAGGCGGAGGCUAGAGCAAUGUUGUUUUUUGAUUUUCUUUCAUUCUCGUCUGAACAAGAAGUGUUUGCACCUACUGAGAGCGAUAAGAUAGAAACGCGAGCAGAAAGCUUUUUUCCGAAUGAUGUCUCAUUUUUGAAAGUAUUCAAUAACUUCGGAAAAUCUUCUUGAGAGAUAUCUAUGACGAACUACAGGCUGUUUUCCAGAUCCAGUGUAAAGCCGUUGCUUCUUUGCGUCAAGCCUAGGUCGUCUGAGACGCAUUGUGACCACUGAGACUGGCUAUCAUUGCAACUGAGACGCAUGCAUCGCGCUAGCUGCUGGCUUGGUGAUUUGUGACCAGUAUGAUGAAAAUAGAGUUAGUG